CACAGAAUCCACACAGGGAAGAGGCCCUAUGAAUGCACUGAGUGUGGAAAAUGCUUCCCUAGCAGCUCAGCCCUUUCUCAACAUCAGAGAAUCCACACAGGGGAGAGGCCCUAUGAAUGCAGUGAGUGUGGGAAAACCUUCAGUCGCAGUUCACACCUUUCUCAACAUCAGAGAAUCCACACAGGGGAGAGGCCCUAUGAAUGCAGUGAGUGUGGGAAAAGCUUCACUAGCAGUUCACACCUUUCUAAACAUCAGAGAAUCCACACAGGGGAGAGGCCCUAUGAAUGCAGUGAGUGUGGAAAAUGCUUCACUAGCAGCUCAAGCCUUUAUCAACAUCAGAGAAUCCACACAGGGGAGAGGCCCUAUGAAUGCAGUGAGUGUGGCAAAACCUUCACUAGCAGCUCAAGCCUUCUUACCCAUCAGAGAAUCCACACAGGGGAGAGGCCCUAUGAAUGCAGUGAGUGUGGUAAAUGCUUCAGUAGAAGCUCAGGCCUUUAUCAACAUCAGAGAAUCCACACAGGGGAGAGGCCCUAUGAAUGCAGUGAGUGUGGAAAAUGCUUCACUGACAGCUCAUCCCUUUCUCAACAUCAGAGAAUCCACACAGGGGAGAGGCCCUAUGAAUGCAGUGAGUGUGGGAAAAACUUCACUAGCAGCUCAAACCUUCUUGCCCAUCAGAAAAUCCACACAGGGGAGAGGCCCUAUGAAUGCAGUGAGUGUGGAAAAAACUUCACUAGCAGCUCAAACCUUCUUGCCCAUCAGAGAAUCCACACAGGGGAGAGGCCCUAUGAAUGCAGUGAGUGUGGAAAAUGCUUCACUGACAGUUCAUCCCUUUCUCAACAUCAGAGAAUCCACACAGGGGAGAGGCCCUAUGAAUGCAGUGAGUGUGGGAAAACCUUCAGUCGCAGUUCACACCUUAUUAGGCAUCAGAGAAUCCACACAGGGGAAAGGCCCUAUGAAUGCAGUGAGUGUGGGAAAACCUUCAGUCGCAGUUCACACCUUAUUAGGCAUCAGAGAAUCCACACAGGGGAGAGGCCCUAUGUAUCCAGUGUGUGU